CGAAAGUUCCGCCAUAUUGUAGUGGAAAAUCUUAAAUGGCGUCGUUUCCGUAUGUCCUCAGCCCGAGCUAGUUUUACUAGCGAUUGCCAGUCAUUUUUCCCGCUGCUCGCAAAUAACAGUUGUGAACUUGAUACAGCGGACUUGGCGAGUGACUUAUAAUCUUCGUCUAUUCAUUAGGCAGUUGUUGAAAAUUUGAUACUUUUUCUCUCCCCCCCUAUCGAACGAAGCAUAGAGGCCCAAAUGGCGUUAGCCAUCAGAAUCACUGACGGGAUUUACAGUGUGAAAAACUAGUCACUUGAACGUUUUUCCACUGACACCCGCCUCUGUACUGCUUUACACAUCUAAAAGAUUCUUGCAGCACAAGGUUGUGUCGAGUGUCAAGUGUCUUCAUCUGUGUCAGGUGUGUCUUCUGUGUGUAGACUGUAGUGUACAGCUAUGUUCUUGGCGUGAGUCAAGUUAACAUUACAAUUUUUAAAAUGAGCGGACGGCCGCGUACCACCUCCUUUGCUGACAAGACAUCCCUAAAUCCUUCAUUUGGUAAAGAUGGGAGUAAGAUCACCACAGUGGUGGCAACCCCUGGACAGGGACCUGAUAGAGCUCAAGAAGUGGCUUACACAGAUGCUAAAGUAAUUGGAAAUGGCAGUUUUGGUGUUGUCUAUCAAGCCAAAUUGUGUGAGACCGGUGAACUUGUGGCCAUUAAAAAAGUUCUUCAAGACAAGCGAUUCAAAAAUCGCGAGCUGCAGAUUAUGCGGCGUCUGGAACACUGCAACAUCGUCAAAUUGAAGUACUUCUUCUAUUCCAGUGGAGAAAAGAAAGAUGAGGUGUUUCUCAAUUUGGUUUUGGAAUUUAUUCCCGAAACGGUUUACAAAGUGGCACGUCACUAUAGCAAAUCCAAACAGACUAUUCCUAUCAGCUUUAUCAAACUAUAUAUGUAUCAACUCUUUCGGAGUCUGGCCUACAUUCACUCGUUGGGAAUCUGUCACCGGGACAUCAAACCACAAAAUUUGUUGCUUGAUCCCGAGUCGGGCGUGCUUAAGCUUUGUGAUUUCGGAAGUGCCAAGCACUUGGUCCAGGGCGAGCCUAAUGUUUCUUAUAUUUGUUCACGUUAUUAUCGGGCACCUGAGCUCAUUUUCGGAGCCACCGACUACACCACGAAUAUUGAUGUUUGGAGUGCUGGCUGCGUUUUGGCCGAGCUGCUUUUAGGCCAGCCAAUUUUCCCUGGCGAUUCCGGGGUCGAUCAGUUGGUGGAGAUUAUCAAAGUCUUGGGCACUCCCACGCGAGAGCAAAUCCGUGAAAUGAAUCCAAACUACACCGAAUUCAAGUUUCCUCAGAUCAAAGCACACCCUUGGCAAAAGUCGAUGCUCGAGAAAAUUACUGUGAGUCGGGCUGAAGCUAAACCUGUGGUUAAGUUUCGCGUCUUCCGUGCUCGGACGCCAUUGGAAGCGAUCGAUUUAGUCUCGCGUCUCUUGGAAUACACCCCCUCUGCGCGCAUCUCGCCUUUGGAGGCGUGCGCUCACACCUUUUUCGAAGAACUAAGGGACCCUCAUACGAGGUUACCCAAUGGGCGAGAACUGCCCGUCCUCUUCAACUUUACUGAACAUGAACUAAAGAUUCAGCCAGCCCUGAACGCUCUGCUAAUUCCACCGCAUAUGCGAGGCACUAGCGGUUUGAUGGGUGUCAUAAACGCCGCGUCCCCGUCUCAGGAUUCCUCAGCCACGGGGUCUCCUAAUUCGGCAGGCGGACCGGAAGGAUCUUCGGCAGCAGGAGCUUCUGGGGCCACAGGAGGUCACAUUCACUCACCACCUGAUGUCUGUGCUGCGACCGGUGAGACUCUUGGAGCUGUCGGUACUGCAUAAGAAGACAACAUACGAUAAGAAGAAACAAAAAGCAACAGAAAGAAUUUAAAUAACUAUCUCCUCAGACGUGCAUGGCAGAAACAGGAGCUGAACCAAGGAAGAAAGGGGAUACUUUUUUUUCUUUCUUUUUUUUUUUUUUUUUUUUUGAAUUAAAUGGAAGUUUUUAAAAGCUUAGAGUCUUAAUUAUCGAUUGCAACUGCUGCCAUGGAAACAUUCAUUUAGCGUGAAACGAAACAAAACACAAGAUAGAGACAGAAGUAAAACCCUUCAUUGAGGAAGAAAGGAAUGAAUGAAACAAAGGAAAAGGGCCAGACUUUUUUCAAACCUCCCAACAGCUAAAAAAAAAAGAAAAUUGUAAUUUGUAACAACAAGCAAACUUAGAUUUCAGGACAUUAGUCUCUUGUUGAGCGCGGGAAAAUAUAUUCCUUCGGAUUUAUCGCCCCGGGCUCUUGCUGGAAGACUUUUGUUAAGUCGAGGAUCGCAGACGUCCCCCUACCCAUGAUUUAUUUCCCACAUCAUUUUUUGUUUUUCUUUGUUUAUUUCUAUUUCGAACCCCAUCAUACCAAAUCGACGGAUAGCAGAGGAUGUGUAGUUUAUUGCGAGUCCCUCUGCAACCAAAAUGAAAAAGAAAAAAAAAUUAAUUCACGUAUUGUAGACUGUGUCGUCCUUACCCCCCCUCCCUCCAUCCCAACGACACCUUCUCCUUCCUCUUUCCCUCCGUUUGUUGUACAGGAAAAAAAAAAAAAUCACCUCUCGACAUCCACCUGGUGGAUUGAUACGCGGCAAUUUCUCUCCUUCACCUCGUCCUCCCCCGUCAAGAAAAUCUCUCAUCACCCCAUUUUAGGAGGAGGGCGGUUCCACGACAACCCUCACACAUACACACGCAGGCUGCUGUUGCCAAUUAAUUUGACAAAAUAAUUUUUUCUCAUUCACACUAUCCCUUUAUCCGCCUCUUUUCCUUUUUGUCGACAGCGUGCCUCCAUGGUGUGUGCACUGCAAUGCUGCUCCUUUACCUCCCUCCUAUUAUGGCUCUGAAACAAAAAUGUCUUUUUUUUCUUUCGAACGUUCAAAACUCGGAACUAGAUACUUUUUUCCCCGCUGCUGCCCUCCUCCCUCCUCAUCGUUGGCGUAACUGCGUGAAGCUGUGCUAUGUGUCUCAUGUGUAUGUCUCUACAUCCCUGAUUCUUCAUUACUUCUUUUCUCGCUAUUAUCUUUCUCUUUCUUUUUUCUUUUUCUCUUUUUCUAUCUCUCGUCUCUGAUAGGUUUUUUUCUUAUUCAUUCACCUACCCCCAGCGUCAUGCCGAGUUAUUUUUUUAUGAUUUUAAAAUGCAAUUUCAGUUCGUGAGUAGGUCAAUAUUAUUACAUACAAAAGAAAAACAAAAAUAAUACAAUUGUUUCCGUAUCAGUUGUAAAGCCACUACCUACUUCUGUGUGUGCUGCGGGAAAACAAAAAAGGUGGGAGAAAAACGAUCACAGAAAAAUAACAAAAAAUAAAGAGUUUAGGGUCAGGCUUUUUCUUUCAUUCUACCCUUUCUUAUGUUGAAUUGACGAUGGCGACAAAGUUAGAUGAUGAUUGCACACCCUCUGUUGUCCCUUCAUCCUCUUCUACCUUAUAAAAUAAAAUCCCGUUGAUUCUUUUUUUUCUCUCUCAUGUCCUACGCCCUUGUUGACGUUUCCAUUUUCUCGAAAUAGAGAAAUUUUUGCAAAACCCCUUACCCUCUUACCUUCGUCCCACCCCAACCCGUUCUUUCCGCGCUAUAGAAAAAGUGGCGAUUUAAGGAAUGCGAGAGACGUGUCUAAACAACAGUUAAUUAAUUGCAUUGGUGUUUAUGUCGCAUGGCUGUAUGAUGAAUACAAAAGCUUAUAAAUACACUCGCGUGUACUGCCCAAAA